AUGGAGGCAGAGGGCAUUGCUCCCUCUGCCAUUUCGGCAUUUGAAUCCACGUUCAAAUCCCUUGUUUCGGGUGAAACCGGUAUGAUUCCUGAGUCUACCAUCGCUCCUGUCCCGGAGUUGGUAAAUGCCGCGGACUUUAAGGAUGCGCCCGACACCACCCUCUUGGCAAACACCGUGGUUUUGAAAUUGAACGGUGGUCUUGGAACCGGCAUGGGACUUGACAAGGCCAAGUCACUUCUGAAAGUCAAGGGAGACGAUACUUUCCUGGACUUGACUGCAAAGCAAGUCAUCCAAAUGAGAAAGGAUUAUGGCAUGAAGGUUAAAGUCAUGCUUAUGAAUUCUUUUUCUACUAGUGCUGAUACCAUGGCUUUCCUGGAAGAAAAAUAUCCCUCAUUGGCUGGUGAGGAUGGAUUGGAAAUGUUGCAAAACAAGGUCCCAAAACUGGAUGCUACCACUUACGAGCCUGCAACUUGCGCUUCGAACCCUGAUAAUGAAUGGUGCCCUCCUGGUCAUGGUGACUUGUACGCCGCGUUGGUUGGAUCUGGUUGCCUGGAUAGCCUCCUGAAGAGCGGAUAUAAAUAUAUGUUUGUGUCUAACUCUGACAACCUCGGCGCCAGUUUGGACCUCAACAUCUUGACCUAUUUUGCCAAGUCGGGAGCUCCUUUUAUGAUGGAAUGCUGUGAACGUACCGAAAAUGACAAGAAGGGCGGACACUUGGCUCUCCGUGGCGAGCAACUGAUUCUUCGCGAAUCAGCCAUGUGUUUGGAUGAAGAUGAGGCUGCUUUCCAAGACAUUACCAAGCACAAGUUUUUCAACACAAACAAUCUUUGGAUUCAGUUGGACAAGCUCAAGGAAAUUAUUGACAAGAACGGUGGUUUCAUCCCCUUGCCAAUGAUCAUGAACAAGAAGACAGUGGAUCCCAAGGAUGACUCUUCACAAAAGGUAGUCCAACUCGAAACUGCCAUGGGUGCUGCUAUCGAGUGCUUUGAAGGUGCCACCGCCAUCGUUGUCCCACGAACCCGUUUCGCCCCAGUGAAGAAGUGCAAUGAUCUUCUCCUGCUUCGAAGUGAUGCUUACCUGCUUGUGGACCACAAGCCCGUCCUGAACCCUGAAUGUGGCGGAAAGGCACCGGUUAUUUCUAUGGAUAGCAAGUUGUACAAACUUGUCGGCAAAUUGGAAGAUGCUACCGAGGGUGGAAUUCCUUCCCUUGUAAAAUGCGAGAGGUUGACUGUCAAGGGCCUGGUUCGUAUCAGCAAGAAGACAAAAUUCGUUGGAGCCGUCUCCAUCGUGAACACUUCUGAUGAAGCCAAGUACGUACCCGAGGGAGAAGUCACUGGCGAUCUGGACCUCACUGGAGCUACUGGACUUGGUCCUUUGAAGACAACAGUCGUUAAGACUGCGCCUAUUGAAGGACAGAAGCCCGGAACCUCAGGUCUUCGUAAGAAGACGAAGGAAUUCAUGGGCGAACACUACUUGAACAAUUUUGUCCAAGCCGCGUUUGACGCCAUCAAGGCAAGCGGAACGAACGUUUCGGAAGGAUCCCUCCUCAUCGGCGGCGAUGGCCGAUACUUCAAUGACAUAGCCAUCCAAACCAUCAUCAAGAUGGGUAUUGCCAACGGAGUCAAGCGCUUCUGGGUUGGACAGGACGGUCUCCUUUCCACUCCAGCUGUAUCCGCCAUCAUUCGUGAACGUGGACCUGUUUGGCAAAAGUGCUUCGGAGCCUUUAUCUUGACUGCCAGUCACAACCCCGGUGGCCCAGAGGAGGAUUUCGGAAUCAAGUACAAUUGCGAGAAUGGAGGGCCCGCUCCUGAGAAGGUGACUAAUGCAAUCUUCGCCAACACUUGCACCAUCAGCUCGUACAAGAUUUGCAACGAUAUCCCCACAAUCGACAUUGCCACAGCAGGCUUCACGACCUUGAAGAGUGACGAUGGCAGCAUGGAGAUCAACGUUGAAGUGAUUUCGUCGACAGGAAGCCAUAUUAAUCUUCUCAAAACCACCUUUGAUUUCCCGGCAAUCAAGGCUCUGUUGGACCGCCCUGACUUCACCAUGGUUUAUGACUGUAUGCACGGCGUUAACGGUCCCUACGCCAAGAAAGUCGUCAUUGAUAUCCUUGGUCAACCAGCCGAAUCUUGCAUGAACGCUGACCCGAAGGAUGAUUUUGGCGGUGGCCACGCCGACCCCAACCUCACCUACGCAAAGGAACUUGUGGCCAUCAUGGGAUUGGACAAGAAAGGCACGAAGAUCGAUGUGGGAGGCAAGAAGAUCCCAUCGUUCGGAGCAGCCGCUGACGGUGAUGGUGAUCGCAACAUGAUCCUCGGAAGUCAGUUCUUUGUGAGCCCCUCUGACUCUCUUGCUGUGAUUGCAGCGUAUGCCGAUGUCAUCCCCUUUUUCCGUAGCCAGGGUGGACUCAAGGGUGUUGCCCGUUCGAUGCCAACCAGUGGAGCCGUUGAUCUUGUUGCAAAGGACUUGAACUUUGAUUUGUUCGAGACUCCCACCGGCUGGAAGUACUUUGGUAACUUGAUGGACUCCAAGGCCAUCUAUGGUGGAACCGACUACACACCGUUCAUUUGCGGAGAGGAAUCCUUCGGAACUGGUAGUGAUCACGUUCGUGAGAAGGAUGGAAUCUGGGCAGUUUUGGCGUGGCUCAGUAUCUUGGCCUCGGCCAACCCCGAUGCCUCCAAGCCAUUGGUGACCGUUCAAGACAUCGUCGAGAAGCACUGGGCCAAGUAUGGCCGAAACUAUUAUUCCCGAUGGGAUUUCGAGGGCAUGGACAAAGCUAAGGCCACAUCAAUGAUGGACAAGAUGCGUGCGGACACUGAGACCAACACGGGCCGCACCGUUGGCAAAUACACCAUUGCCAAGGCUGAUGACUUCACCUACGUUGAUCCCGUGGAUGGCUCUGUUGCCACCAAGCAAGGUAUUCGUUUCCUGAUGGUGGAUGGUUCUCGUGUGAUCUUCCGUCUCUCUGGAACUGCCGGAUCCGGCGCCACAGUCAGGAUGUACAUUGAGCAGUACGAGCCCAAGGACAUCAACAAGGUUGCCUCAGAGGCUCUUGCCGGACUCAUCAGGGUCGCUCUUGACUUGUGUGAUAUCAAGGGAUUCCUUGGAACUGAGGAGCCCACCGUCAUCACCUAA